UUGCCGGGAGAUCGGGGGGGCGGCGGGGGGCGGCGGCGGUGCCUGCGGUUCACUCACAUGCCCCGUGCGGAGCGGGCACAGCGGCUCCGCGCCCCCGAGCGCCCCGGCACCGGCCGCCCCUGCCCCCGGCUCGGCUGCGGCUCCUCCUGCUCCUCCCCGGCACGAUGCGCGCAGGACAUUAGUGGCUCCGGAGCACUUUGAGUUGCUCCCACCCCGCUCCGUGGGAUUAAUCUAUCCUUUUGGAGGUUAUUUUCGGCAAGCAGCCUCGCAGGCGGGCAGUGCGGCCGGAGGAAGAGCCCGCGGCAGGGGAGGGAUGCGGGAGCAGGGCAGCGGAGCCGGGCGGGACUGAGCCACCCGCAGAGGAGAGGAGGAGAGGGAAGGAGAAGAGAGGAGAGCAGAGAAGAGCUGCCCUGCUCCCUGCUCCCGUGCCGGGCUGCCUGCAUGGCUCCCGGGCAUUGUGGAGAUUGUGGGGGCUGCUGCUGCUGAGCAACCAUCCAUCGCUUUAAACUCAGCCUCAACUUAGCGCAGCAGGCAAGAAUGGCAAAGCCACUGGAGCUUUGGAGCUGCCAGGAGAGCCAGGGAACCUGGGUUUUGGUCGCUGCUGUCUAAUAAAUGGGAGUAAAAUGGAAUUUCUUACCUGGGUUUUUCCUGCCUUGAUUCUACUGUGCACCCAACAGCACAGGUGCAUCAGAGCUAUGAGUGACAUCGGAGAUUACAUAGGUUCCAACAUUGAAAUCUCCUGGUUGCCCAACCUGGAUGAUUUGAUGAAAGGGUAUGCACGAAAUUUCAGGCCUGGAAUUGGAGGUCCUCCUGUUAAUGUUGCUCUGGCAAUUGAAGUAGCCAGCAUUGAUCACAUCUCAGAAGUGAACAUGGAAUACACCAUGACAGUAUUUUUGCACCAGAGCUGGCGAGACGAUCGUCUGUCUUACAACCACACCAAUGAAACUCUGGGCUUGGACAGCAGGUUUGUGGACAAGCUCUGGUUGCCAGAUACUUUCAUAGUCAAUGCCAAGUCUGCCUGGUUCCAUGAUGUGACUGUGGAAAACAAACUUAUCAGGCUCCAGCCAGAUGGAGUCAUUUUGUACAGCAUCAGGAUUACCUCAACAGUGGCCUGUGACAUGGACCUUUCCAAGUACCCGAUGGAUGAGCAGGAAUGCAUGCUGGAUUUGGAGAGCUAUGGCUACUCUUCAGAAGACAUUGUCUACCACUGGUCAGAAAACCAGGAGGAGAUCCAUGGGCUGGAUAAGCUGCAGCUUGCUCAAUUCACAAUUACCAAUUACCAGUUCACAACAGAAAUUAUGAACUUCAAAUCUGCAGGUCAGUUUCCCAGGCUCAGUCUCCACUUCCACCUUCGGCGAAAUCGAGGUGUUUACAUCAUCCAGUCUUAUGUCCCUUCCAUCCUCCUGGUGGCCAUGUCGUGGGUGUCCUUCUGGAUCAGCCAGUCAGCUGUGCCUGCCAGGGUGUCACUAGGUAUCACCACUGUUCUUACAAUGACCACACUGAUGGUCAGUGCCCGAUCCUCCCUCCCACGAGCCUCUGCCAUCAAGGCCCUGGACGUUUACUUCUGGAUCUGCUACGUGUUUGUCUUUGCUGCACUGGUGGAAUAUGCCUUUGCACAUUUCAAUGCUGACUACAUGAAAAAGCAGAAGAACAAGAUAAAGGCGAGAAGGCAGAGUGCAGAGAUCAACGUGAAGAAUGCCAUUGUUCUGUUUUCCCUCUCCAUAGCUGGUGUGAACCAGGAACUGGCCAUUUCCAACAGGCACCGGAUUCCCAGAAGCCUGCCUGGAUCUUAUGGCACAAUAGAAAUAGAAACUGGAGAGACAAAACAGCGGCAGGGAAUAAAACUGGACAAAAAGACUGGCCUGAAGUCCCUCUUUAAGCCCAUUGAUGCUGACACCAUUGACAUUUAUGCCAGAGCCGUGUUCCCAGCAGCCUUUGCAGCAGUCAAUGUGAUAUAUUGGGUUGCAUACACAAUGUAAAGACAAUAAAAAAAGGAAAAUUCUUCCCAAGACCUACAAGCUGAACAAUAUCCACAGGCUAAAAAGCCCUCACUGAAACUGAAUUGAGUCACCUCUUCUUAAAAUAUUUUCCAACGAGCUCAAGAUGCUUCCAAAGUCAAGAAGGUCCUGCUAUGAAUUCCUACUUAAAGCAGCAAUUUAUUGCUGGCCUGAUUUGAUACAGUAAGACUGCACUCUGCCAAACAAUUCCAGCUCUUUCUUUCCUGUAAUACCAUGAGACAACUUUUCAUAUGUACAUAUUUGUAGCAAAAGUUUAAAUCUUAAAUGACCAUGGUUUUCCUCCACUUCAAAAGUUAAUCAGUAAUGAAGAUUUGGCUUUUCACACUCAGAUAAUUUCCUUUUGUAAUGAAAGAGCUCAUUCCUCACUUCUGCACGAGUGGUUUUCUGCAUCUGUAGGCUGGUUUAGGUUUAACAGUAGUGCUCAAGUUGGAGUUUUUAAUCAGAAAAAUCUCAUGAAAAAAAGUAAAAGGAAAUAGAGGGGAGUGGAGGUUUUUUCUUAAAAUAUUAUUUGUCUUGGAUAAAGUAUUGAAAAAUUUCAAUGCUCUUAGUCACAGCAUGAAAUAAAAUAUACUACAUAAAAUUCUACUGAAUUGUUAAUAAUGACUGUAUUACAUUUCAGAUCUAAGCUAAUGAAAGUUUAAACAAUUAAAUACAGAAAUGUUUAUUCAUUUAAUAGGCCUCAAAAUAGAUAAAAUUAUUUAGAACCACAGGGAAAGCUCAGGCUUCCUGUGUUGGAUUUGGAAAAAUUUGAAAGGUGUUUGAUAAGGAAGGAAGUCAGACUCCAUUUGCAGAAAGGACUUUAGAAUUUGUUCUGUUAAUUUUCACAGAGAAUCUACCAUGUGUGCCUCUGAAAAUAUCCUUUUUGAAUCUGUCCCUAAAUAGCUGAGGGAAGUAAAAAAAAAAAAAAAAUCAGAACUGUCUUUAAGUUAUUCCGUUGCUUUGGAUAUUUUUGCUGUUUUUAUUCAGAGGCUGACCUAAUCUCUUAGGCCUCUUCACUUCCAUUUUUCAACAGUGAAAUUUAUGGGUCCUCAUACACACUGCUUAAUUCAGGAUUAGAUCUCUCACCCAGCUCAUGCAAAAUAACACCUUGUUCUGUAAAUAAUCUCAGUGAGUUCAGCAAGUGAACACAGUACUUACAACAAACUAGUUUCACAAUUAUUCUCUGAAAUAUCCACAAUAAAUAUAUUGGAAUAUGGAUUAAAACAACUGAAAUAUUGUUUGUGUAGGAAGCCAAUGCAAGACACUACAAAAGGGAAAUUUAUUUUGAUGAUAUUGUUGCCUUGAAAAUGAGAGGUUGUUUUAAAAAUAGAGACCGACACAAAAGAAAAGAUGAAAUGAGAGAGAGGGAAAGAAGGAAGCAAAGAAAGAAGCUGAAAGCUGCAAUGGAAAGGAGCAUGGAGAGAGACUAAGCCAGAAGCUGUAGGUGAGAGAAGAGCUCUGCUGGCAUUUAAGAUGGGGCUCUUGAAAGUGUGGCUGGCAAUUAAUAGUUGCAAUAAGGGUGAAAGGAGGAUUUGAUCCUGGUGGAGCAUGAACACAUUCCUCCUGCCUUAACUCAGCUCUGAUUUAUGGUUUGAUUUCAUAUGACCAGCACUGAAAGACAAAACAUUUUAGCACUGAUUUUUAAUUUAGAAUAGGUUUUGUUCGGAGUCAGUGAAAUAAGAGAAUGCUUUGAAGAAAAAAUAAUGAUCUUCAACUGGGCUGUAAUAGAAAAUAUGCUCCACUGUAGGUCUUAGGUUCACCUCAAUCUUUAGUUCCUGUUAUCAUGGAAAAGCUGUCAGCCAACAGAGGGCUGGAAAACCCUGACUGACAUCAAGCUGUGAUUGUUCCACAAAGUCCUCACCAACAUGACCCUGGAUUGAGACCUGGAUUCUGCUCCCACAUCUCACCACUGACCUGCUGGGGAAUCUCAGUCAAGACCUUCCACUGCAUCGUCUGAAAAAUUGCUAUAAUGAUUUCUUUCCUCUAUCUUUGAGUUUUACAGAAGAAAAGCCCUUCAGGAGAGGCAGAAACUCUUACCCUCCAGCUAGGUAAGUACAUCCAGCUGGUACUUUCAUGGUACUAUUUACCAUAGUUUCUGAGGCUCACAUACUGAAUUAAGGCAAAGUAUCACUCAAAUCUCACCUUACCCAGAGAGCUAAUGAAAAUCUGCAUCUCCUUCAAUGUAUCCAGGUAAUCAAGCUUCUACUAUUUUCUGCCUGUUUCUCCUCUUUCAAAUUUAUUUUUCUUAUUGUUUGUUCCUAAUGUUGAUGGAAUGCUACAUUUCAGAAAUACACUAUUUUUUUUCUAAGUGUGAUUUUGGUCAUAAUCACUUUCUUUCCAAGGAAACUGAACCUCUUCUGCCUUCUUCUGAAUCAAUCCUACUUCUCUAUAUAAUGAUUUAAUGCAGAGUGGAAUAAAAGCAGCAGAAGCAUGACUUUACAAUGCCUUUUCCUUACUAAGUUGCUGCUCUUUCCAUGAUCUAUCACCACAAGUAUCCUACAUCCUUUACAAAGAUCACAGUCCCUCCACCUUCUCUGUUACACUUGCAAAAAUCAGAAAUAAUCUUUAGUUUAAAAUCAGAUUUACGUCUGCUGGGACAGCAGAAUCCAACCUUUUUGUAUCCCACUGUUUUCUCCAGAUAUUAGUUUAUUAUGUAGCCUGUCAAUCUCAGUAACUUCUGCUAAGAGUAAAAUUAUUGACUAAAUCCAGCUCAAGAAAUAUUCACAGCAAGUUCCUGAGGAAUGAAAAUCAUUAGAAAAUAACCCAUUAUUUUGGAAUUGAAGUUAUUAAAAAGCAGAGAAGGAAGCAUGGCCCUAGUCCCUCUAGUGGGCAGUAGCUGGUUAUUGAGAGUAAUUAGCAAGAAGGUGGCUGCAGAUAUUAUAAAGGCAAUGUCUAAACUAAUUACUUCAGCAGUAAUAGUUUGUAAUUGUGCACCUGACAUAACUCCUUACACUGCAGCCAACUGACUGAUCACAUGGGGUUAUUGGACAAAAUUAGUUGCUUCUCCAUCUGGGAGAGAGUCACAGGCUGCAUGUCCUGCCGACUGCUUCAGAAGAUUUAUUCAGUGAAUUUUUUCUUCAGUUUGACUGCAGAUCUUCAAGGUGCACAGCUCAGACUGACUGAUCAAAGUAAAAGGUGGCAGCAGCCUCCUCAAAAAACCCCCAAUGCCUGAAUGCCAGACUACCUACAGUGAUGUAGACAGAAGCAUAAACAAAAGGCAAAAAAUAUCUCAGGAAGUUGCAGGGAGUCAGAAAAGUGCUAUGUGAGCACACAUAUGGCAAUGUGUCCAUCUCAGGAACAAGGGGAUCUGAGGGGAGAACAGGAGUUUCAGCUGCUGUUGCUGCACUUGCAUGAGUAGCACAAGACAAAACACCUCUAUCAACAAGAGGGAGAUUUACUUAAUUUGGUUUCCAGAGUCAGAAACAGAAAAUUCAGAUGCCAUUCAAACUUUUGAGGAGACAUUUCAGUAUAGGAGUAUGGUGAAUUGAUUGGAGUUUUGCAUAAAUUUGAAUCUUCUAUACUUUUGUGUGUGCUUCACUUUGUUGUUUUUUUUUUCAUUUGAAAUAAUCAUAUUUAAAAAUCCCCAGACAUUAUUACUUUAGAGCUAUUAACGUCUAAAGACAAUUCCCUAUUCAACUCUAAUUUCAUGAUGUCCUUAAUAAAGUGAAAUAAGCCAGAUUUUAUGUCAGCUGAAUGCUGACUUUGGAUGGGUUGUACUAGUGCCAUAAAAAAAGUAUGUGACAGAUGAGAAGGCACUUUUUCUGUGCUGUACCUGAAAGCAUUUGUGCUCCUUUCAGCAAUUUAUAGUACUGCUCUAUGGACUGGCGUGUCUGUGAGAAAAAGAGUGGGAUAUGUGUUAAUGUAAUCAUUCUAAAUGUGAAGUGCUAAUAAAAUGUAGAUAUACAGAAAUUGGAACUCCUAUAAACGGACAAAAUAGGCAUUCCAGCUAUUGAACUGGAAGAUAAAAUGCAUUAGAAGGAAAAUCAGAAUGACCCUGGAGAUUUCAGCCCAUAAUGACAUCCUGCCUUUUCAGUGCCCAAGGGUUUGCAAAACUCUCCUUUGGCCUUGACAACAGAAGAGGAAGUGCCAUUGUGUGUUUGUGAGAGCUUUCUGGGGGGCACUUAUGCAUGCUGCUGUACUAUGUGAAAAAAUAGCUAUUGCUGCCUCACGAGGCUGAAAAGAACCAGAAAGCACAGGAUGAAAGAUGAAGAAGAGCAAGAUACUGCAUUUGUUUGGAAGUAAUGCUGCUGUUAAUAGUGACAGCACUAUGAAGAGGUUAAAAACCACAAAUGUGUGUCCCGUGCCUGGGUAAAAAUGAAAGCAUUUAUCCCAGUUAAAGAAAAAGCUCUCACAUCAGUUUUUAACUGGUUUGCUAAUCCAAUA